AUGGAUUACAUUCGCGCGCGCAUCCUAGAGGAGGACUUGCGGCGGCGGAGUCUGGAGCGCUUGGAGGAGGGGGCUGGCUAUGGAUUUGGAGGUGGAAAGAGUGGCUUCAAGAAGAAGUGGAAGGGCAAAAACAAGGACAACCCUAAGGAGGAUGGCGGCAGGGGUCAAGGGGAGGUGUGCUUCUACUGCAAGAAGCGCGGGCAUCGUUGGCGGAAGUGCUACCAACGACCCAAGGAUUGGACCCCGCCUUCAUCAAGCAACCAGCGUGGUGGCACGAGGAGUGGGGGAGUCAUGGGAGCUAGUGGAGAGGAGAAGGAUGAGGAGAAAGGCGGCAAAUCUGAGGAGCGGAAGGCCGGGUUCUUCUUCUUCGUGAACGAAGGCGCAACCAACCUCGCUAUGGCUGCCAAGGACUGGCAGCAGCAGCAGCAGGUGCAGAUUGGCUUGCGUUUGCAGGAGAUUGAGCGGUCUGCAGUGGAGGAGGUUCAGCUGCACCUUGAGGAUCUCCCUGGGUCAGAGCUGACCAGUGACCACAGUGGCGGUGGUGAGCAGCAAGGUGCUGGCCCUGCUGCGGAGGAGGGGUUGGAGGAUGAGUCGGCACGUGUGGACUCACCAUCUCAGCCCGAGCCUGCUGCAACCGCCAAGGUCACCAAGAGGAGUGUGCAGAGAGGAGCUUCACCACAUGGGCAGCAGAUUGCAACCCGCGAGAAGAGAGUGGCAGCAGCACCCUCAAGGCUGAAUCCGUUAGUCUAA